CAAGGGGAAACGGAGUUUGGUGAAAUGUUUUCCUACUUGCUAGGAGCAGAAGGCUAGGGUGAACCUCACUGCUGACUCUUACACAAAAAGAAGCAUGAAAAAAGUGGAAAAGGGAGAAGAUACCGGAUCAGGGAAAGGGAACCUGACGAAUACAUUAAUUCGGGUUUCGGUGGCUUCCUCUCUCCUCUCUAUGCAACAUGGUUACAAUCUCUGGGUCGUCUAUUCUCCUUCUGUGCUCAUGCAAGACUUCUAUAACGUAUCACAAUUAGAAGAAAUGAAGCAAAAUGAAAACCAUAUGCUCCUGAUGGGUAUCACCUUCGCUUUAUUCCCUCUUGGAGGCAUAUGUGGGACACUGACGGUUGGCUAUUUAGUGGAUACAUUUGGCAGGAAAGGUGCCUUGAUUGUAACUGGAUUUUUGUCCCUGAUCUCAUCUGUUCUUAUGGGGAUCUCUGGUGUGAUCCAUGCCUAUGAAUAUACCAUGUUUGCACGCUUCUAUACUGGUAUAUGCACAGGUAUAAUCUCAAGUGUUGUCCCUCUAUAUAUCGGUGAGAUUGCUCCUAGAAACCUGAGAGGAGGCGGUGUCACAAUACCCCUCCUUUUUUUGAACAUUGGUGUGCUACUGGCCCAAAUAGCCGCUCUUCGCGAAAUCUUGGGCAAUUCAAAAGGUUUGCCAUUCCUUCUGGGCCUGUCUGGACUCCUGCCGUUAACUGAGCUUGCCUUGCUGUUCUCAUGUCCUGAAAGUCCGAGGUACCUUCUGAUUCAGAAAAGGGAUGAAAAGGGCGCAAGAGAAGCCUUGAAGAAUCUAAGGGAGAAGAGAAAUGUGGAGGAUGAGAUCGAAGAGCUCCGACAGGAGGACCUCGCCGAGAGGACCGAAAAGGCCAUGACUACUUUUAGGCUGCUAUCAAACCAAAACAUGCGAUGGCAUGUCAUCACUAUCGUUGCCUUGAUGGCCGGGCAGCAGCUUUCUGGCAUCAAUGCGGCCUACUAUUAUACAGAGAGGAUCUACAUGUCUACCAAAGUGGGAGCCGACAACGUCCGGUAUAUUGCCAUCGCCUCAACGGCUGUUCUCUGCAUCUCCAUUUCUUUAGCGGUGACUCUUGCUGAUUCCAUGGGGCGAAGGUUUCUGCUCCUGAUUGGAUUCGGAAUCUGUAGCAUCAUAUGCAUUCUCAUCACCAUGACCCUUGAAAUGCAGGACACUAUCCCGGAAAUGACAUAUGUCAGCACCAUUUUAGUGGACACCUUUCUCUUUGGACACACCUUGGGGCCAGGGCCUGUGCCUCCGGUCCUUACGGUGGAGCUAUUCCUUCAGUCGGCCCGUUCUUCCGCAUUUGUGAUUGCAGGAUUUUUGCAAUGGCUCCUUAACUUUUUUACAGGAGUGUCAUUUUAUUAUAUAGAGACACGUAUCGGACCCUACAGCUUCCUCAUCUUCUGGCCUAUCUGUGUAGCCACCUUUUCUUAUGUCUUCAAGAUGGUUCCUGAAACAAAGGACCGGACAUUUCUGGAUGUCAGGAGAAUCAUGGCCAUCCACACAGCCAGGAAGAUCCAGGUCCAGGCGCCGGCGGGCAAAUAGAAUCUUGGGCACUGUUCUUUGUAAUUUUGAUUUAUUUGUUUUGAAAUUCAUUUUUUAAAAAAACAAAACAAACAAACAACAACUCAGCAACACCAAUGGAGUCCUUCCUGUUAUCUUUGGAUUGUCCUAGCUUUGUUGACAAGGCGAAAAUGGCGGGUUUCGUUCUGGUUUAAAACAACAACUUCUAUUCAUUUUCAGUUUGCACUGCUCUGAUGCUGUGAAAGGAAGAACAUUUCAAAAAAGUAAAGACCUUGAAAGCCUGAGCAGAUGUUUUUGAAAACUGUUCAGCACUAUGUUACAGCCUAACCAUAGGAAGCUACCCAAUCUG